CGGCCGCUGGCUGCGCUAGGACCCACGGCGGCCGGCUGCCGAGGACUGGUGGGAAGGGAGGAGCAGGAGCCACAGGGCCCGGGAGACCGGCGCCGGCCCGGGCGCAGCGCGUCAUGUAGCUGCCGGCUCCCGCGCCCGCUUGAGGGUCUGCCCCGGGCCCCGCCAUGGCUGGGAAGGACAGUGGGAACCUGAAGACGGUGAGGCUUUGGCGGGACGCCGCCCUGCGCGCCAGGAAGCUGCGGAGCAACCUGCGCCAGCUCACCCUCAGCGCGUCCGGCGGCUGCCCGGGGGCCGGCGCCGACCCGCUGGAGUCCCCCGACACUCCCCAGCUGGUGCUGCCGGCCAACAUCGGAGACAUUGAGGUGCUGAACCUGGGGAACAACGGCCUGGAGGAGGUGCCAGAUGGGCUGGGGUCGGCGCUGGGCAGCCUGCGCGUACUAGUCCUGCGCAGAAACCGCUUCUCCCGGCUGCCCCCGCCGGUGGCCGAGCUGGGCCACCACCUCACCGAACUGGACGUGAGCCACAACCGGCUGACCGCCCUGGGCGCAGAGGUGGUGGGUGCCCUGCGGGAGCUGCGGAAGCUCAACCUCAGCCACAACCAGCUGUCCUCCCUGCCCGCCCAGCUGGGCGCCCUCGCCCACCUGGAGGAACUGGACGUCAGCUUUAACCGGCUGGCGCACCUCCCCGACUCCUUCUCCUUCCUCCACCGUCUGCGCACCCUGGAUGUGGACCACAACCAGCUCACUGCCUUUCCCCAGCAGCUGCUGCAGCUGGUGGCCCUGGAGGAGCUGGAUGUGUCCAGUAACCGGCUGCGGGGCCUACCUGAGGAUAUCAGUGCCCUGCGUGCCCUCAAGAUCCUCUGGCUGAGUGGGGCUGAGCUUGGCUUCCUGCCCAGCAGCUUUUGUGAGCUGGCCAGCCUGGAGAGCCUCAUGCUGGACAACAACGGGCUGCAGGCUCUGCCCGCCCAGUUCAGCUGCCUGCAAAGGCUCAAAAUGCUUAAUCUCUCUUCCAACCUCUUUGAGGAGUUCCCUGCUGCACUGCUGCCCCUGGCUGGUCUGGAGGAACUCUACCUGAGUCGAAACCAGCUCACCUCAGUGCCAUCCCUUAUCUCGGGCCUGGGCCGCCUUCUCACCCUGUGGCUGGAUAAUAACCGGAUCCGCUACCUGCCCGACUCCAUUGUGGAGCUGACGGGCCUGGAGGAGCUCGUGCUGCAAGGGAACCAGAUCGCUGUGCUGCCGGACAACUUUGGCCAGCUCUCUCGGGUGGGCCUGUGGAAGAUCAAGGACAACCCGCUGAUCCAGCCCCCCUACGAGGUCUGUAUGAAGGGGAUCCCCUACAUCGCAGCCUACCAGAAGGAGCUGGCGCAUUCCCAGCCCGCGGUGCAGCCCCGCCUCAAGCUGCUCCUGAUGGGCCAUAAGGCUGCAGGAAAGACCUUGCUCCGUCACUGCCUCACCGAAGACAGAGUGGAGGGAAACCAAGGAGGAGGGGACAAGGAGAAGAGCUCCCCGCCUUCACCUCCUCCCGUGAGCAAGGGCAUCGAGGUGACUAGCUGGCCAGCUGAUGCUUCCCGGGGCCUGCGGUUCAUCGUGUAUGACUUGGCUGGUGAUGAAAGUUACGAGGUGAUCCAGCCCUUCUUCCUCUCCCCAGGGGCGCUGUAUGUGCUGGUGGUCAACCUGGCCACCUACGAGCCAUGCCGCUUUCCCACCGCCGUGGGCUCCUUCUUGCAUCGGGUGGGGGCCCGGGUGCCUCAUGCUGUGGUGUGUAUCGUGGGCACGCACGCAGACCUGUGUGGGGAGUGGGAGCUGGAGGAGAAGUGCCUGGACAUCCACCGCCAGAUCGCCCUGCAGGAGAAGCAUGAUGCAGAGGGGCUCAGCCACCUGGCCCAGGUGGUGGACGAGGCUCUGGCCCGGGACUUCGAGCUGCGCUCCGCGAGCCCCCACGCAGCCUACUAUGGCGUUUCCGACAAGAACCUUCGGCGACGCAAGGCCCAUUUUCAGUACCUGCUCCACCACCGGCUGCAGAUCCUCUCCCCCGUGCUGCCUGUUAGUUGCAGGGACCCCCGCCAGUUGCAACGCCUGCGGGACAAGCUGCUCUCCGUCGCUGAGCACCGGGAAAUCUUCCCCAACUUGCACAGAGUACUGCCUCGAUCCUGGCAGGUGCUGGAGGAACUGCACUUCCAACCACCUCAGGCACAGCGGCUUUGGCUGAGCUGGUGGGACUCCGCGCGCCUGGGCCUGCAGGCGGGUCUGACUGAGGACCGGCUGCAGAGUGCCCUUUCUUACCUGCACGAGAGCGGCAAGCUGCUCUAUUUCGAGGACAGCCCGGCGCUCAAGGAGCAUGUCUUCCACAACCUCACCCGCCUCAUUGACAUCCUCAAUGUCUUUUUCCAGAGAGAUGCCUCCUUACUGCUGCAUAAGCUGCUCCUGGGGACCAGUGGAGAUGGGGAGGCGGAUGGGGAAAGCGCCUCCCUGGUGGGGCUGCCUGCCCCUAGCCAGGACCUGCUUCGGGCCACCCAGCUCCAUCAUUACGUGGAGGGCUUUCUGCUGCAUGGACUCUUGCCAGCCCAUGCCAUUCGGUUGCUGCUUAAGCCUCAUGUCCAGGCCCAGCAGGACUUGCAAUUGCUGCUGGAGCUACUAGAGAAGAUGGGACUCUGUUAUUGCCUCAAUAAACCCAAGGGCAAACCUUUGAAUGGGUCCACAGCCUGGUACAAGUUCCCAUGCUACGUGCAGAAUGAGGUGCCCCAUGCAGAGGCCUGGAUUAACGGGACCAACUUGGCUGGGCAGUCUUUCGUGGCCGAGCAGUUGCAGAUUGAAUAUAGUUUUCCCUUUACCUUUCCACCUGGGUUGUUUGCACGCUACAGCGUCCAGAUCAACAGCCACGUGGUACACAGGUCAGAUGGUAAAUUCCAGAUCUUUGCAUAUAGAGGGAAAGUUCCUGUGGUCGUGAGUUAUAGACCUGCCAGGGGGGUCUUGCAGCCAGAUACUCUGUCCAUUGCCAGCCAUGCAUCAUUACCAAAUAUAUGGACCGCAUGGCAGGCCAUUACCCCGUUGUUGGAGGAACUGAACGUCCUGCUUCAGGAAUGGCCUGGACUGCUCUACACCGUGCACAUCCUCUGUUCUAAGUGCCUUAAGAGAGGGUCACCCAAUCCACACGCUUUCCCAGGGGAGUUGCUGAGCCAGCCCAGACCAGAAGGAGUGGCAGAGAUCAUUUGCCCCAAGAACGGCAGCGAGCGAGUGAAUGUUGCCUUGGUUUACCCACCUACACCGACUGUGAUCAGCCCCUGUUCCAAGAAGAACGUUGGUGAAAAGCACAGAAACCAGUGACUCUUGUGGCUGUGGAAUUUCCGUGGAGAGAAGAGAAUACCAGAACUCACCUGGACCAUCUUGUGUGCCUGGCCAGCCCUCCACGUCCCCAGGCGUGUCUGUGACCUUGAGCAAAUAAGUGUUCAGGGUGCUUUCAGAGGAGAGAGCAAAGCCCUGGCUUGUUGAAGAAGUGGGGAGGGGGCGGGGAAGGGUGAGGAUGGGAGAGAAAAUGGAGCAAAUGUUUUACAACCCGAACCUCAGAACUGUGAUCCUCCAAGGAGAGCGUUACUUGAAGAAAAGAAAAAAAAAAAAAAAAAGUCGAAUGGCUUCUCAGGGAUUUUGUUUUCCACGCACAUAUAAGCCAUGGUUGUAGUACAGGCAGCAGCAUUUCGAGCAUUCAGAUUUCAGUUCUGUUAAAUGUGAAAGAAGGAUCGACCGACGUUCAUUGCUGUUUCGUAGCUAGUGUAAAAUAUGUAUAUGUUUAUCUUUAUUUUUAUAAUAUGCAAAUACAUUUAAAUUUAUACAGUUUGAAGCUUCUAGCAUUAGUUAACACUGGGUGCAAUAUUCCGCAUGAGAACUGUGCCAAGAUGGGGCUGAUUUCUUAUUUUAGCAUAAGUUUUUUGUUUUUAUUUCUUUAUGCCUUUUUCUCAAAAAAAAAAAAAAAAAAGUACAGCCCAUGAAUCCAUGGCUAAGUGUUGGUUCAUAGAGAUUGCCAAAAAUCUGUCAGCAAGAACCUUCAGUGAGCAUUUUAGGUGAUAUCCCCUCUGCUUCUUUGAAUUACAGGUCCCUGCCUCUAAAUCCCUGGGCAGGGUGGUCGGAUUUUUCCUCUCCUUUCCCCACGUAUCACUUAGGCCUGGCAGAGCUGUUCCUUGCUCAGGUUUUGUGUACAGCUGUGGGUUGUCACCGAGUGGUACGUGAUGGUCUGGAGCCUCCAUUCAGUAGCAGAGGCCUGUUGUUAGAAUUCUCCGGAGAAGGGUGCAGAGGGGACAGAGAUCCCAUGGAAAACCUGUUGUUCCAGAGCUUAAAAUAAUCAGGAGUUAGUUGUUCUGAGUAAUGAGUGCAAAGAGCUCUGCUAAUAAGUACCUUUUCUUCCUUAGAACAGAGCCUGUGAAAUUUAGCAGAACACUUUUAAAGUCUUCCACAUCUGGGGAUCAGACAUUAAGAUCGGGAGUUUUCUAAUUGGAGAGCAGAAUCCUACAUUGGUUAUUUAUAAACACAGAGCCUCUGAUUGGAUGGUCUGUUGCCAGGAUCUAGCAAAACCCUUGUUUUAAGGUGUUCAUGCAGUAAAACUUUAAAAGCAAACCAAAUAAAUUGCUCUCUAUCCUACUGCUAAUUGGGGCCAAACAGCAUAUGCUGCGAUAGUAACACAGUCUUUUUAAGAGUGUAAAGGACUGUUUAUAUCUGCCUCCUCUGUGUGUUGAUUGGAAAAUGUGUAAAACUGUUUCUCAGUAAUGUAAAACCAGAAAAGUGAGUCAGCUGGUGUUAAUCUCUUACUUCCUUUAUAAAGUAUUGACUCUUUGAAUGCCACAGUAUACAAAGUCUCAACACAUUUUUAAAAGAAAUAACACACACGUGGCCGUGCUGCAAAAUAUCACAAAUCGUUUUUUGUAGGCUAUUUUGUGCCCCAGGAGUGAACUUACUGACUCCAUAGCCUCCAAGUAAACUGAGAAUAUGAUUUCUUAUGAUCAUAGAAUCACGUGGAAUCAGACAAUUUUUGCAUUUUUUAAUACUUGAACGUGGUGCCUCAAGUUUGAGAUUUCAUUUUCUUUUAGAAUGCAGUCAAGAGAUGAAUCUGGUUCUUUCUUUCUUUUUUUUUUUUUUGUCACAGUUCUCUUUGUAUGUGUGUGUGGAAGUGUAAACUGAAUGGUAACAUUUAAUUGCUUUAUGAACCAUUGAAUUGUUGGGCAUAAAAAGUUUUUUUUUAAUUGACAUGAGCCAGUUCCUAAACUGUCACAUUAACCAACUUUGACAAGUCUUUUGAAAAGGCUGUUACAUGUGUGACUUAGGGCUAGCUCCCCAGGGGACCACAGUGAAUGAAAAAAAUAAAUACUCCCUUGGGUGACAUACCCUGUAAAGUGUUGGAUAUUGGCGUGAAGAGAAAUGCCCACAUUCUCAAUAUUUUCUGUUUGUUGACAAGUGAUGUCUUAUGCCAUCAUCUGAGCCCUGGAGAAGCAAUGUAAGAAACCUUGGUGUCACAUGUGCUUUGGCGAAAGGUCAGCAUGAUAGAGGGUCAUGUGGCCAAAAGAUGCUCCAGAAAAAGUUUGAGAACUUUGCUUCUGGGUGGGGGAGGGUUGGAUAUACCGAAAGCACUCCGCUCUGCAGGAAUGUUCACUGUCUAUGCAGGAAAUUCAGUUGUGUCUUUCAACACCCGGAAGACUCAGCAGCCAGCCAAGGCUGCCAGGCAAUUCACUAAGCACAAGAGGAAUUUUUUCCAACCCGGUUGUCCCUUGCCUUUCCAACAAAUGCCCUCCAAGUUUGUUAUGGUUUCUGUUCAUGCAACUUGUGGUAUCAGACCACUUCCUGGAAUUGUAAAAGCGCUGCCAGAAUAAAUGUUUCUCCCCCUUCUAAGAAAAAAAAAAAAAA